AUGACGGCGCCGUUGAGCCAUACCUUUGAUUGCACGCGGCCUGCAGGACAUCUAGCUGCCACUACGCCCUCGCACUACCGCCGGACCCUCCUCCAACUGCUGCAUGAAAUGCCUACCAACGAUGUGGCGAAAUCGAGAACCACGGAGGUGACUACUGCUCCGAUGCCGGUUAAUUCAAUCAACCCUGCCCUCUUCCCAUAUGGUAUUCCAGGUAAAUGAAUGUCUACUGCGAAUAAUUGUGAUUUUAAAAAGGAUAUUCUGAUUCACGAUCUCUCAGCCAUAGCCCCUCUAAGACUAGAUCCGGUUUAGUGUCCAUCCAACUUCUACAGUAGUCUUUUACGUUGAAGUACAAGUAAUAUCAGUUUCCUAGCAGACUUCAGUCUUGUACGUUUCGCUAUACCUGUCCACAGUGAGGCUGUUUACCUUUGUAAAUUCAACACAACAAAGGUGCUGACAUUUUUAAACAUAACCGGUUUUCAUACAGCCUCUGAUGCCUUGUCACAGCCAUAUUUAACAAGCGGUUCAUGACCCCUGGCCUUUGGAGGAAGGAUGUCGGUUACAGAACACUGACCACUGGUAUAAACCAGCAUCAUAGCUAAAAUUGGCCAGGGCCUUCCGCUGUCGCAUUGAAUAUAUAAAAGCUCACUGGCAAUUGUUAAGGAUUACCCCUAACCAAGGGGCUUUACCUCCAGGAUUAUAAAGACUAUGUGUAAAGCAAUAAGGAACGACCAUUUUCCCAUCUUCAGUGAGGGUAGGCUUCAACAGACAAAUCAGAUAAUUUAAUCAACAACAGCCUGAUGUCUAAGUUCCUGACCAGCAAGAACUGCAAAGGCGACAAGGUAUCCAGAAAUGUGUAAACAAAACCCCUCCCCCGCCACCGCCCAGUGAAUGUCUGCUUCCCAGUUUUGCAAACUCCUUUCCUUCGAGGUUUUUAAAGUCUGGUCUCCAGAAGGUAUCAUUCCUGAACCAAUUUUGAUGAACACGUCGUGCAUAUGGUGCAGUGAUGCUGUAUAGGUAGCGCUUGCCUGAGAGGGAGGCCUCUACGACAGCUAUUCGUUUCCCAACCUGACACUUGCGGUUUCAGUAAAAAUACCACAGGAGUGUGGAAGAGAUAAAAACUUUCCUAAGUCACUUGUCUUGUACAUCUCGUUGGACCCAUGCUUCAGUUUGCGUAUUUUAGUUAUGGAAUCAGAGCCCGAGUCAAUUCGGGUGAUUUCUGUGCAGAUUAAACUGUCCCACAUGGCUUCUGUCUUUUGACUUUUAAUGAGGAAUGUCUUCAUGAGAGGUCUCCAGAUGAUGCCUUCUCCGAGAGCACUUUCAACUUAGCGGAUCCCAAGUCCCUUCCAUGGACGCACGUAUUUGGUUGGUCACGUUGGUCAGCAAACGUCGUGCUGUAUGAUUAAGAGUUCAUUUUUAGGAAAUCUCACGGCGUUGUUUUAUGAGUAGAGGAUUUUUUCGUCCUGGCUAUAGUCGGAAGGCAGAUCUCAGCUUCACGUCUAUAACGACAAGAUUUUACUGCGAAAGCCAAGUACUUCUUCCCAAACCUACUCGCCAAGGUUGGGAAAGAUGAUACAGUACUAUUACUACACUAUAUUAAAACACUGAACUACUUUCUUGCUGGGUGGGACAACAGUACACUUAUAUAAAUUACGUUUGCACAGAGGCUAGGUAGGACCGGUUCUCUAAGAAGGCCAAAACGCCACUACCUCCUCAAGUGGGCGAGCCGUCGAUUAAUUAGUCAGGCAACAUCAAAUUUUGGCCCCCGUAUUGACAUUUAUAUCCUGGGUUUUGAGCUGAUAUUCAAAUUUCAUGGAACGUGAGAUGUGAAGAGCUUUUCCGAGACUUCACGAAACCCGAAAUUUUGCUAUCCGCUGCGGACGAUGACUUCUUUAAAAGUACAAAAAAUUUCGACUCAUGCUCAUUUCAAACGGCCCGAGGAAUUCGUUGUCUGAGAGGGAAUGCCGACUCGCAGUACUUUUGUUACUGUGAAUUCGAGUCAUGUUAUCUGAGGUCUGGGAAUCUGGGGUAAUCAGUCUUUCCUCUGCGAUGGACUGGAUGUUCGCUCUGCAGUCGAUGGUCGAGAAUCACUGAAGUUACAUGCAAGCGUCCAGAGCAGAAAUUACCUGAUUUUAGAGGAAAACACAGACGUUCCGCAGCAACUAGGUGCAGGCAUAAAUCCCUCGCAGUCAGCUACUUCCAGACGAGCAAGAAGUAACCGGAAAGCUUGAGCACCUAAGUCAGGGAUGGACAGCUGAAUAUCCGCUUCCGAUCUCAAAUUUAUCUGGAAGCCUGUACAGGUCGAGGCGUUAACAGUUAGCCGUGAAGCCUCUACGGCUGGUCACACCUCUUCAUUCCCAUCAACCACUGCAUUGCAUUUCCUCAGGUUUCGAUGCUGCCAGCAUGUCCCAACUGCUGCUCGCCCAGAUGUGCACCGGGAUGACUGCUCCGCCGACGACACCACCCCUGCCACCAUCCAGUCCAGAUGACCAACAGCAGUUCAUGCUGAAAUUGUAUAAGCUCCUGGCCAGUUCCUUCUACCUGUCUGCAUUUGAAAAACUCCUGUCUGGCAGUGUGCCCCACCCCAUGGGGCCCACCGCGCUUCCAACAGUCAAUAUGGCCGGGGAGCAGAUGAAGGCGGAGGAAACAGCCUUGAAAGCAAACCCUCUGGCGUUUCUUUCACUAUUCAACACGUCUUCUUCCUCUUCCUCCCCCUCCAUCCCGCCCUCCGCCGCCGCCAACUCCUCCCCCCUCACUUCCGCCAACUCUCUUGUGUCCUCGUCUGCCUCCUGCUCACCUGAUCUUCCAAUGAAUCUUAGCAAGUCCAUGCACCUUUCGCAACAGCCACAGCCUGGCCAACCAGGUUUCUUGCAGCGAGACCUCAUCAGCGAGCCACUGACGAAGACAGAGGCAGAGACAAACAUCGCUCUUCCUCGCGUCAGCCAAUGGCUUCAUAGUAUUUUCAUGGGGCAGGGAAAAACCGUUUUUCCCGACAGUAAUGAAGAAGGCUCACCGAUCCUGACGCCCAGUUUUCCAGUUACUGUUCCUUUUGAUGGUAAUUUCGCACUUUUUUGCCUUAUAUUCAUGCAGUCUUGUUAUAGCAGUCAGAAAUAGAUGAGUGCUACUUUUCUACUUACUAGGGCAAGGAAAUUUGUAUAUAAAACACUUGAUGGGGUGCUUGUGUACAUUAAUCCUGUUCCCAAUGUUGUGUAUGAAAAACUGUACAGAUAAGUACAUCAAACUCUAGUUAAUAACUGUAGUUACUAGACAGUAAUAAGUAGGCAUUAUUUAGGUAUAGACUAUAAGGGGACGGAAACGAAACAAUGGUAGAAGGGCGCUCACCGAUCGUUGCUACGAAACUCACUCAUCCCGUUGAGCCUUACGGGCUCUCUCUCUCUUGAGCUCAACCCGCGAAUCAGUCAAGAGACAUCCUUUAGAAAGACCUAGAACUAUCAUCAGGCUGCGUGAAUUCGACAUUUUCAUAAUCCGCAUUGUAAAACGUUUCCCAUUUAAUUCCAUUUCGGCAAGAAAUAAUCGAAGGUAGUUACGAUGGAAGUAGUUUUAAUGGCAGUAUUGCCAUCGUACAGAAUAAACUUUGCGGAGGGCAGUCUGUUAUCGGCAACAAUGUUGCUUAGAUGUACUUUGAUGUAAACUGGUUAUUCACUGAAAGUCUUGAAAGGGUCCUUUCGCAUUCUCUGAUAAUCGCAGUGGAACAAAGCAGAAUUAUAAAAACUUGCAACCGAGAAAGAAUCAAACAGAACAGGAAAGUUGAGAAAUAGUGGUUUAGCGUUGUAAUAAUUUUACUGCGAAACAGGUUCAAGUACAAGUAAACAAAAAUGGUGAUUACGUGUGCCAAACAAGCCAUGUUCUCUCACCCAUCCCGAAAGAGGUGGUCAUUUCCGCUCUGUCAUGUAGGUGCAGAAUGCGUAACAGUUAUGUGACAACGAGGCAUAAACCCGAGGUUUGAACGUGCGUGCAAAGAAAUAUCGCAAAUAAAUCUUCAGCGUCACUAACCAAUGUUGUCAGGUCCUUCUAAGUUCCUAUUUGUUGCCACCAGUAACUCAAAUGCAUCAGACAGACCGUUUAUCUAAAGUUUGCAUUGUUAUUAUAUAUGUAUAUAUACAUACAUACAUAUAUAUGUGUGGUUGCUUCUAACAGGCUCCAGCACUGUCUGUUCGGAUGAGGAUGAAGUCCAAGCUGAUGGACGUCCUUCACACUCAAGCUGGCCAAUUAGACAUCGCUCCUCCACUGCCUUCCGCACUCGUCGUUCACCCAAGCGGGUACAUCGGCUGUGGCAAUUCCUCUGGACCCUGCUGGAGGAUCCCACCUACAAUCCCAGCAUCAUUCGCUGGGUGGACAGGGAGGCCAAGAUGUUCGAACUGACCAAGAGCUCAGUGGUAGCCAAUCUCUGGGGAGCCCAAAAACAGAAGCCAGGCAUGAGUUAUGAGAAUCUUGGCCGCUCGCUCAGGUGAGUGCUGUUCCCAGCCACAAACCAUGCAUCGGUGUGGACAGUGUUUAUUAAGCCGAGAAUAACAAAUGGGUCGGGGGAGAAGACCAAACUUGCGGCCUCUAUGGUGAUCGGGCGGGAUGUAGUCAGAAGAUACAAGCCAAGACAGGCUUGAGGAGGGAGGACGAAACAGGGCAGGAAGAAGAGUUGGUGAGCGUCAUUCAGACCAUUGUGUCAGGUCAGAAUUCUGCACGUCUUGGGGGCUUCCGAUGACAGAUAGACAGUCCAGCAAUUACAGCUGCAACGGCAAAGUUAACAAAGAGCCCACUGUCGAAGUCGGAUACGCCGCAGGGUCCCACCCUGCAAUUCAAAACAGCUGCCGACUGCCUGAAGAGUAGCCUCCACUCAAGAGUGUUCACAAGGUUUUAAGCGUGCUUUGUAGAGUGGACUCGAGAUUUAAAGUGGAGGAACUGAGACUGACGCUUCAAGACUAUUCUGAGGUAAUCGAUUCAACCACACGCUAGGUCGUCAUGAUUUAGCACCCAGUAACACGAAGCCUAACGUUAGUUGCAACCAAACUGAAAUUAUUCACAAAUUCGAGAAGGAGUCAAGUAAGCAAACAAAAAUAGAACUAACAGUUGAAUGAAAAGGUUUCAUUAAAGGGUGACCAGUGAGGUUUCCUGAUGAAAUUGGCACUCGGAACGGGGCGAGUGAGACUUAUAAACAAACUAGGGAUAAUCUUGUGGUCAUGUCAUUAUAAAUUUCUUCAGAUCGAUCCAUUUGGGGGACCUGAUUCUGUUAUUGCACCUUGGAGCUUAAUCAGGAGCCCUCAAAAACAGUCACAUAGCAUCCAGAAAUUACACAGAAAUGCCGACAAAUCAAGGAAGAUCGGAAUGACAAGUUCCGGCUUAUUAGUCUUCGCCAGCCAACCUUACACAAACCUGGACUAUUUGGACGCUGAACGAUAAUGGUAGAGGGGCGCUCACCGAUCGUUCUGACAGAACACACUCGUUCCGUUGUGCUUUACGGGCUCUCACUGGAGCCCAACCAGCAGCCGCACAGCGGCGCAUGAUAUAUGUAGGCAGAAUGGUAUUACAGACAAAGACAAUGGAGACUGGAAUGGCCACUUCUGGCUUACUAGCCGUCGUCAGCCAGCCAUGCCCAAGCCCGAAGUGUGGAACACCCGGGGCGUUGUAGUUAGACGAAUUGGACUUCCCACCAACAGGUCGCGGGAUCGAGCCCCAGGUGUUCCACACUUUGGGGUUGGGUAUGACUGGCGGAUGACGUCUAAUAAGUCAGAAUCGGCUACCCCAGUCUCCCUUGUUUUUUUCGGUAAUAACAUUCUACUGAACGUUAAGUCUAAUGUUCUACCAACCAACGAAGCUAAUGGAGAAUGGCGUUGAACAUGGUUGACUGCCGAUGACAAUUCUAGUCAUUUCAGCUACUGCCGGCACCCCUUCUGCAGAAGCAGAUGUCUCCGAGCAAUCAAAAGAUACGCAAAAAAUGUUUGAGGGUUUAGGACAGCAGUCCCCCCUGUGCUUAAUCUAUGGCAGUCCUUCCACAAGUUCCUGAUGGGGGAAGUACGCCUGAUUGGGCAUAGCAUCCACUGCAAUUCGAAAAGAAGGCUUGCUCCGGCGACAUUUUUUCCCAUUGCUGAAAUUUUCUAUGAAAAAGGCGCCUGUCUCACUAGCGCUCACGCUUUGGCCUUCAGGUACUACUACUCAAGAAAAAUUUUGAAGAAGGUCAGUGGACAACGCCUGGUCUACCAGUUCCUUCCCACGGACGCACUCCUGGCGUGCGAGCAGUCACAACCAGCCUAG